CGGAGAUGAUGAGGGCGCUGGGGUAUCCCCGCCUCAUAUCCAUGGAGAAUUUCCAUACCCCAAACUUCAUGCUUGUCUCUGAAGUGCUCCUCUGGCUGGUGAAAAGGUAUGAGCCUCAGACUGAUAUUCCUUCUGAUGUGGCGACAGAGCAGGACCGCGUUUUCUUCAUUAAGGCUGUCGCUCAGUUCAUGGCUACCAAAGCCCACAUAAAGCUCAACACUAAGAAGCUUUACCAGGCAGAUGGCUAUGCAGUGAAGGAACUGCUAAAGAUCACCUCUGUGCUUUAUGGUGCUAUGAAUACCAAGGGCGUGGAACGUGCAGACGUGAGUGAGGAAGACAGCAGCAAGUUCAAGUUUGAUCUUGGCUCAAAAAUUGCUGACUUGAAGGCAGUCAGGCAGCUUGCUUCCGAAAUCACCUCCAAAGGAGCAAGUCUGUACGACUUACUUGGCAAAGAAGUUGAACUAAGGGAAGCAAGAACAGAAUCUAUUGCCAGACCUUUGGAGAUAAAUGAGGCUGAGAAGGUGAUGAAAAUUGCCAUUGACUGUGUUCUGGAACAAGUCCAAAAGACUAAAGACAUGUUGUAUAAUGUGGCUUUGGAUGAAGCCAGUUUAGAAGCCAAGAUUGAAAAACGAAAAUUGGAACUGGAAAGAAGCCAGAAGAGGCUACAGACUCUACAAAGCGUUCGUCCUGCUUUUAUGGAUGAGUAUGAGAAGAUUGAGGAGCAACUGCAGAAACAAUACAGUACUUAUCUAGAAAAAUUCCGUAAUCUGACCUACCUGGAGCAUCUCGUGGAUGAUCAUCGUAGGACAGAGCAAGAGAUGUUUGAG